AUGUCUUUGACACGAUCCUCAGCCCCCCUGGUGUGGAUUGACUGCGAGAUGACAGGCCUCGAUCCCGAAAACGAUCGUAUCAUCCAAAUAUGCUGUUUUAUUACAGACGCACAACUUCUACUCCUAGAACCGAAUGGCUUCGAGAGGAUCAUCCACCAGCCCAAGUCAACCCUGGACGCGAUGUCGCAAUGGUGCGUAGACACACAUGGAAAAUCCGGGCUGACCGAUGCUGUGCUUGCCUCGAAUACAGACGCCGCCACAGCAGCAGGAGAGUUAUUGGCAUACAUCAAGCAACACGUGCCGGAGCAACGUACUGCGUUACUGGCUGGUAAUAGCAUCCAUGCAGACCGAGCGUUUCUCGCCAAGGGCCCGUAUGCCCAGGUACUUGAAUGGCUUCAUUACCGCCUGCUAGAUGUCAGUUCCCUUAAAGAGGCGGCGCGACGAUGGGGCAGUGAGGAAUUACUGCGCGGCGCGCCACCAAAGCGAGAGCUACACUUGGCAAAAGACGAUAUCUUGGAAAGCAUUGCGGAAAUGAAGUACUACCGCGAACAACUUUUCGACGGGCGAUGA